AUGAAUGUCAUCUUUUUCCUGCUCCUGAAUUUGCAGAAACUUGAAGAAGAUGUGCACUUUGCUGAUGUCACAGCUGCAGCCGCCCUGGACGACAAGAUAGUUGGAGACGACCAGUGUGAAGCCCAUUCUCAGCCCCGGCAGGCGUCCCUCAAUAUCGGCUAUCAUUUCUGCGGAGGCUCUCUCAUUAACGACCAGUGGAUCAUCUCUGCUGCCCAUUGCUGGCAAAACCCUUAUUCACAGAUUGCCAUUUUGGGUGAGAAUCACAUCUGGAUGCAUGAAGGUACUGAGCAGUUCAUGGCUGUUGAUGCCAUCUACUGGCACGGGAGUUACGAUUACCAGACCUUCGACUAUGACAUCAUGCUGAUGAAACUGGCACAUCCAGUGGCAAUCAAUGAGUAUGUGAAGCCUGUUGCUCUGCCCAAAGCCUGUCCCUCACCUGGAGACAUGUGCAUGGUGUCUGGAUGGGGGAACAUCUACACUGAUCAAGUGUUCAAUCCAUUUUACCUCCAGUGUGUGGAAGUGGCCAUACUGUUCGACAAGGAAUGUGAGAACUCCUACCCCGGCAUGAUCACUGAGCGUAUUGUGUGUGCAGGAUAUCUGGGGGGAGGCAAGGAUGCUUGUCUGGGUGACUCCGGCGGCCCUCUGGUGUGUAAUGGAGAGCUGCAGGGAAUAGUGUCUUGGGGUCAGGGCUGCACUCAACCCAACUACCCGGGUGUUUACACCAAAGUUUGUGCUCUCAUGCCCUGGAUCAACGAGAUUCUUUCCAGAUACAGCUAAGGCUGUGAUCUCAUUUUACGAAACAACAGGAAGAAGAGGAAAUUAGGGGAAAUAAACGGAGGCAUAAAUAAUCAGGAGGAUGUUGAAGAUGGUUCAGAAAAAAAAAAAAGAGCAGUAGAGCAGAAAAGCUGCUAUUGGUAGAAUGAAUCAUUUAAAACCAGUGAGAUUCAAACAUGCAUACAUCAGAAUAAUCAGACAAUGGCUGAAUUGAGCUAACUGUAAACAGAAUGUGCAUAUCUCAAUGGUGGUCUUUUGUUUAACAAUAGCUCUGCUUUUCUUCAUUAAUCUGAUGAAUUUGAAUCUGUUUUGACAAUAUCAAAGAGAAACGGUUUUAUCUCUACCAACAAGAAGUUAAUUUGUUUUUAAAAUCCAUAUUUGGUAUCAGAAGAUCACUUUGAAUUUACUUUUUGCUAAUUUGGGACAUUUUACUGAACAAGACCCACACUAUUCUGCUGCUGCAACAUCCAUAAAGAGAAAAAAAAAAUCCAUCUGUCAUUUUUUUUCCACCCUUUUUGCCAUAAGUGGAGUCUAAAAGCCUUCUACUUUGAAGCUUUCCUCAACCAAACAAAUAAAGAUAAGUGCUGCUUUCUGCGCUC